AUGCUUCCUGCGUGUCUGAAACCCAUCAGGGCUGCCAGGGAGCAGUCCCCUUUAAGAGGUGGAGCUUGCAGCCUGGCACAGGAAGAUCAAGUCUGGAAUGAACUGCCUUGGUCGGAGGAGGUUGCAGACAGAAGCCAGCUGGUCAACACAGAAGAGACCAUGAGUGGCAGGGUGGGAGAUCUGAGCCCCAAGCAGGCAGAGGCGUUAGCCAAGUUCCGCGAGAACCUCCAGGACGUGCUGCUCUCCCUUCCCCAUCAUGACGACUACUUCCUCUUGCACUGGCUCAGAGCUCGAUGUUUCGACCUUCAGAAAUCCGAGGCCAUGGUCCGGAAGUAUGUUGAGUUUCGGAAGCACAUGGAUGCUGACAACAUCAUCAACUGGCGCCCCCCGGAGGUGAUUCAGAAGUACAUGUCUGGGGGGAUGUGUGGGUAUGACCGGGAUGGCUGCCCCAUCUGGUACGAGAUCAUUGGGCCCCUCGAUGCCAAAGGCAUCCUCUUAUCAGCCUCCAAACAAGAUCUGCUCAAAAACAAGUACCGUGACUGCGAGAUGCUGCUGCAGGAGUGUGACAAGCAGACCCAGAAGCUGGGGAAGAGGGUUGAGAUGGUCAUGAUGAUCUAUGACUGCGAGGGGCUGGGCCUGAAGCAUCUCUGGAAGCCAGCCGUGGAGGCGUAUGGAGAGCUUCUGUCCAUGUUUGAGGAGAACUAUCCCGAGACCCUGAAGCGCCUGUUUGUAAUUAAAGCUCCCAAGCUCUUCCCUGUGGCCUACAACCUCAUCAAGCACUUCCUGAGCGAAGACACCCGUAAGAAGAUUGUCGUUCUGGGAGCAAACUGGAAGGAGGUCUUGCAGAAGUACAUCGCCCCCGAGGAGAUCCCUGUGGUGUAUGGGGGAACCCUCCGGGACCCAGACGGGAACCCCAAGUGUGUGACCAAGAUUAACUACGGCGGUGACAUCCCCAAGAAGUACUACGUGCGGGACCAGCUGAAGCAGCAGUAUGAGCACUUAGUGGUAGUGAGCCGGGGCUCCUCCCACCAGGUGGAGUAUGAGAUCCUCUUCCCAGGCUGCGUCUUCAGGUGGCAGUUCAUGUCCGAAGGGGCCGACGUGGGCUUUGGGGUCUAUCUGAAGACUAGAAUCGGGGAGCGGCAGCGAGCUGGCGAGAUGACGGAGGUGCUUCCAAACCAACGCUACAAUGCCCACCUGGUGCCCGAGGAUGGCUCCCUCACCUGUUCAGUGGCUGGCGUCUAUGUUCUGCGGUUUGACAACACCUACAGCUACCUCCAUGCCAAGAAGGUCAGCUACACAGUGGAGGUUCUGCUGCCAGACAAGAAGUCGGAGGAGCAGAUCCAGCAACUGGAAGAGACCAUGAAUGAGUUGGACCUCAACAAUGCCCACCAGUGA